AUGCAGACUAGAUCAUCUCUGAAACAAAUAUCGGCAUUCACACUUGUAUCAAAGCUUGAGCCCAAGAAAGUUGAUGAAGCGCUAAAUGAUGAAUCUUGGACUAAAGCUAUGCAGGACGAACUUGAUCAGUUCGAAAGAAAUCAGGUAUGGAAACUUGCUCCCAGACCCAAAUAUGUUUCUGUUAUUGGAACAAAAUGGAUUUUUCGGAACAAAAUGAACGAAUCUGGACAAAUCGUUAUAAACAAAGCAAGACUGGUAGCUGAAGGUUACUCUCAGCAAAAAGAUAUUGAUUAUAAUGAGAAUUUUGCUCCCGUGGCAAGGCUAGAAUCCAUACGUAUUCUCUUGGCAUAUGCACCUUUCAAACUGUAA